AUGGAAGUACAAGUUUCAGGCGGUCUGAAUCUUGGUCUUAUUUCUGGCGAUCUCAAAAAAUCUUCAAGUCCGUUCAUUAUAAGGAAAACAUCUCACCACUCUCCAAUUACUAUUAACAUAAAACGAGAAACAUUUAAACCACAAAAAUUUCUACCUCCAAAGCUACCACCUAUAUUAUCCUUAAAAACUCUUCCUAUAAAAACGAAAAUAAAAAAGGCCCUGAAAUGUCCAGUAAAACCGCUAAAAUUAUUAAAAGUACCCACGAUUUCUAAAUUACCAAAAUUACCGAAAUUACCCAAAUUGCCUCUUUUGCCUUUAAUUCCUCCAUUAUUAUUACCAAAAAUCCCCAAAUUACCAUUAUUACCCUUACCCCUAUUACCAUUGAUACCUCCAAUUCCCCCGCCAAUAAUGCCUUUGAGAAAAUUAAUAAAGCCUAUUAGUGUUCCAAUACUGGGAAAAACUAAGUUACAAAAAGCCUUAAGUUCGGAAUUAAAGCCCUUAAAAGUGCUAUCGCCCAAAACAAAGGCAAAGAAAAGGAUAUUGGAGAAUCUUAGAAAACUAAAGAAAGACGGAUCUUUGACUACAUCACAAUUCAUACGAUUUAAGAAGAAAUUUGACUUAUAAAAUUAAGAAAUAUUUAUUUAAGUAUAAACUAAACAAAAUAUUGCUUAUAAAUUAUUUAUUUUAAUGAAUGAAUGUUGUUAAAGUCAAUGGAAAUACUGUGGAAUAU